UUUGGAACAUUCUAUAUUCCCAUUAUUUUGAUGACUGUGAUUUUUUAAAGUUGAAUUAUUGAUUGAUCAUAGGCUCGGGCAAUGGCUGCUGUUGAUAAGCGUCAUUCUGGACAUUUUACAACGAAUUCUGGGGAAAAUAAUGCAUUGCUGGGAGGAGGAUCGAGUGAUAAUUGGAAUAUGCAAUCAGAUGCGGCAUUAUUGCACAAACGACCAAGAACUGCAGCGGAUCGUGUUGAAGCCGAUUCAUCCACUGCUGAAACAGAUUGCAAAGAUGAUGGUGGAAAUCAAGCAGUGUGCGAUGAAGGCGAUACAUACGGAGAAAUCAUUGGACAGCGUGUUAUCAUGCCACACAGAUUACGUCGUGGUGGUCAGAAUUUGAAGGAAAAAACUCUCGUGAAAAACAUUUCAGAUAAUAGUGCGAAGAUCGAAAUUGUGCCAUCUGAUCACUACAGUGAGCCCAAAAAAUACAAGCAUUUUCGAGAAAAGGUAGAAAAAUCCUGUAACCUGGUGAACUGGCGUUUGCAGGAAGAGCCAUGCGCAAUUUCUUCGUAUGACCCUUGCAUAGUUUGCGCCACUGUACCGAAUAAAAAAAGGGCCAUGGAUUGUCGUUUCUACAAUCGCAUGUUACGUGAUCGUAACAACCCCAAAUUGUGCCGUCGCCUUUUGAUUAAAGAUGUCGAAAAAAUUAAGUCAUCGUUUCUGCUGAGUGAAACAAACGUUCGCGUGGAACAGUUUAUUACCAAAAAGUUCACUACUGCCAGACCAAAGGAAAAGGCAGAAGCGGCUCAAAUGGCUGCGUAUGUUCUGCAGUGUGUAUAUUCAAAUUACGAGAAGGUGGUACAUCGUGAAGAAGAAGCUGUGUCAGGCUUCUGUGAGGGAGAAGUAUACUACAGUCAUACGUUUGGUGCAAAACAAGUAUGUGACGUGUGUCAAUUUGCAAUCCUAAAUGCUCAUUUUUGCUGUAAAAUUUGUGGGUUGGAACUGUGCAUAAUGUGCUAUAAAGAAUUGAAUGGAAGAGAUUCUUACUCUCCGGAUUGGUUAGAAUCACUUCCUUGUACAAAUAGUCACACUCAUGAUGCUACCAUGUUUCACCUGGGAUCUUUUCUGCCUUCAUUCGACAUUUUUCGUGAUACACUUUGUCGAUCGAUGGAACAGUUUGUGCGAUACGGUAUCAAGAAGGAUGGUGCUUUAUGUAACGGUAAUCAUGGCCGAGGAUAUAAUGUAAAAUUGUUCCAAGAGGAAAAGUGCUAUUGUCCUCGCUUUUCUCCUCUUUCGAAAUUUCCAAUCGAAACAAUUUGCGUUAUUGAGGACCAGUUUUCACGAGAUGCGUACGCCCGUUUUAAAGCUCACUUAACUGCACACAAUCCCGUUAUAGUCGAGAACGUGAAUCGUCAUCCUCGUUACCGUCGAUCAUUGUGGACGCAAGAAGCCUUUGAAAAAAUUUUGGCUUGUGAUCGAAAUUUACGUGUUCUGAAUAGUCAGAACUUUUCCCCUGUAAUAGUUCGCGACAAACCGUGCUCGCUGAAGAUGUUCUGGUCGAAAUUUGGAUUAAAACGAACCGUCAAUGACUGUUAUAUGAAAAUAAAGGAUUUUCCAGAGUCAAAAUUGUUUUCUAAUAUUGCUCCUGAACAGUAUGUAAAUUUAUAUGAGAUCAUGCCCUUCCUGGAUUACACACAUAUUAAUCGCGAAGAAAGUGGCCGUGGUAGACUGAACUUACUGAACUUACUUAAUAACAAACGUGAGCGACCAGAUCCAGGACCGAAAGUCUAUAUUUGCUUCGGAUUAUAUAAUGCUCCACAUUUGGCCUCUACUCCACUGCAUCUGGAUGUAUCUGAUGCAGUGAAUUUCUUGCCAUUUGUUAAAGCGCCGGAUGAAAUGUCAAGAGAGGAAGUGAGAGAUGCUGUUGAACAACGCCUGGAUGCAGAGGGUAUUCGUGGGUAUCACAAGGAACGUGCUCUUCGUGAACCGGAAAAGGCUGGUGCGAUCUGGAAAAUAUUUCAUCCAAGUGAUAAUACAAGAAUCCGUGCUGCCAUUGAGGAAUGGAAAGAAAUGAAAGGGGAAGAAUGGGAAGGUGAUGUUAUUCAUAACCAGGACGUAGUGGUGACGCGUGAAAUGAUGGAUUUUUUCGAAGAAAGAGGAAUUGAAUGCCGUAUAUUUGUGCAGAAUGAAGGUGACGUUGUGUUUAUACCUUCCGGGGCAGCCCAUCAAGUUCAGAAUAUCAAUUCAUGCGUCAAGAUUGCUGAGGAUUUUGUUGCUGCAGAAGGCAUUGAUUUUACAGUAGCAAUCACUAACGAGUUGCGAAUUCUGCGAACCAAAGAUGAUCUUGUGCAGGUAGACAAACUGUUGUACUUCGCGUGUGCUGCAGCAACAGCUGUUUUGCAAAAUAGCGAACCUGGAUUGGUGGCAUCGAGUCUUCCCCAGUAAUGGGAUGUGGAAGGAUUCACAAUACAUUCGGUUUACACGCAAACCUUAUGAUCUCUACAAGAGUUUAUUUCUUUCUUCAUUUUAACUGUACAUGCAAAAAAAUUUCUGUAAUGUUAUGUGGAGUUUUAUAUGUAUAUAAUGAAAUGUAAUGAAUAGUCAGUCCUGUGCAUUGUAAAUUCUGUGUUUAUGAGUUCGUUGCUUUUAAGAAAAAAAUUCUUAUGAGAGUCGUUACGUGUUGAAAUAACUUCAAAAUAAGCGAAC